CAUAAGUCGGAAAAUUUGAAUCAAGUCGAGGAUGAGUUAAAACGCUUGAAGCACGAAGAUUUUUCUGAAAAAGUCAAUCCUCAAAAAUCUAGUUUACAGUGUAUCGACAAGUUGCUUCAGUCACGUGAGGAUGUAAAAAGUAUUGACGAUAGUAUUUUGAAUAAUUGUGAAGGUGAUAUAAACUCGAAGGUCAUUAUGGAAACUGAAGCAAAGGAAGAAAUGGAAGAGAAUGAAAUUAUUGAAAAAUUGUACCAUUUUGAGCAACAUAUCGACAGAGAGGAUAUAUCUGGUAGGAAAAAAGUUGAUGAAACAGGUAAGUAUGUUUUCUCUGAUAAAAUAUGUUCAAAUGAUGAUAAAAACGUGAAAAAUAAUAUUUUUGAAGACGGAAAUAUUAAAAAGGGGGACAACCACACUGAAAGACAGCUAAGUGUUUCUCACGACGGGGUGCUGCGUAGACACUCGGACGAAGGUAUGGAUCGAAAGAGAUCUGCUGUUGAAGAAAAAGUAUCAUUAUCCCCCAAAGGUUCGGUUUUAAGUGAUAACAGGGAUUUAAAUAAAUGGGAAACUUCUAACAAUCUAGUUGAGGCAACUACGCAAAAUUCUGAUGAGACUGUUUUGUCCCCGAGUAGUUCCUUAAGCUGUACGCAAAACGCAUCAAUCAAUUCCCACCGUUUGCAUGCUGCCCAGUAUUUCAAACUAAAUGAUGUUGUUGACUUUGACAAUGUCCCGAAAUCUGCAGAAGACACGCUUUCGUUCACCUUCGAUCUCGAUGAGUUCACAAUUUCCGGUGAAUCAUUACAAUUGGAAAAGCGCUUGCCCGUCACAUGUGGUUUCUUGCGUGAAAAAGUUUUAUCUUCGUCACAGAAGUGUGAAGCGUUAGGUAUUUCUUUGUCAUCUGGCAACAAUACAAGUAUUCAGCAAAUGGAUCCUGAAACAACAUUUACUGCCAAGUGGAACUUGUCUCCGUCACAAGAGGGUCUUGAGGUUUAUGUCUCUAUUAUGGAGUUCAAACCUAUGGAAAGUGACGAAGAGGCUGUUGCCAUGAAAGAAGGUCAACAGGUGGAAGUUUUAGAUGCCUCAAAGCCUAGGAGGUGGCUUGUUCGAACUGUUCCCAUGAGUCCACAAGAGAGUCCAAAGGAAGGUUGGGUGCCGGCCUGCUACCUGGAGAAAUCAACAGCUCCUGAUACGUUAAGCAGGGGAGCCACUCCCAUUAUCACAGAGGCAGGUUUUGACACUCAGCAAUUAGAAGCGAUGCAGAAAAGAGAGGAUAUCGUCCACGAGCUGGUAGAAACGGAGGAAGAUUUUGCAAAAGAUCUGCAGUUCGUGGUAGAUCACUAUUACAAACAGAUGGAUAAUCCGAAGAUGCCCAAAGAACUUCGAGAUCGCAAGGGAUCUAUUUUUGGGAACUUCGCUGACAUCGCUGAUUUCCAUAACAACGUCUUAAUGAAAGGAAUUCACUACCACGCAAAGGAGCCGACUAAGUUGGGGAAAACAUUUCUUCGAUUGGAACGGGACUUUGAUAUGCACGCUAGUUACUGCUGGAAUGAGGCAAGAGCACAGCGACUUUUAAAGGAAGGACCCCUCAAGGAAUAUUUAGAAGACUAUAGCAAAAUGAUUGAUGACGACAAGAUACUGGAGCAGCAUUUGAAGCUUCCUAUUCAGAGACUGAACGAUUACCAACUACUGCUUAGAGAAUUAAUACGAUUGUCCAGCUUCUUGCGCGAGGACACCAGUGACUUGGAAAAGGCUUUGGAAUUCAUUCAUGGCAUCAACAAGCGCACCAGAGAUCUGCAGUACAUCCAAGCUAUCCAAGGAUGCAGGGGAGACCUGCUGAAGUUGGGUCGUAUCGUGAAGAGGGACAUAUUCGACGUAAUUGAAGGAGACCGCGAUGGCACUUUCGAACGCUAUGUUUUUCUCUUUAAGGGAAGAGUAUUCGUCACAGAAAAGCAGAUCGUCGAAGGCAAAGAAUCCUUCCAUGUCACAAACCUCUUUAAGCUUCAAGACGUUGAAGUGACAGAGGAAGUGGAAGGGGAUCCUUUGGCAUUUAUAUUCCGUUCUCAGAAGAAGGGAAGACCUGGGUUCCCCCUCACAUUGAAAACACGCAGCUCCAAACAGAAACAGGCCUGGAUAAAGGAACUCUCUUGCGCUGCUAACCAAGUUGCUGAAGACUUGGGAGAUUUAGAACCAAGCAUCGAUCGACCACACGAUAUCACUGACAACAUAAACCUUGAACAAAAGCACAAGGCUGAAGAACCACCUGAAGAACCUGAGCUGAAAAAACCUAAAUUCGAAAGUCUCAAACGGCAAGACUCAACGAAGAAAAAAUCUCCCAAAUCAUCAGACUCUUCCGUGCCUCAGACGCCUGCUGAGGAGUUAAGCCUCCCUCCAGAGCAAGAAUCGCCCAAAAAAUUGAAAGACGGUGAAACUUCUGUUCCUCAGUCACCACUGGACAGUUCUGAAAAACCUUUAUUUAGGCAGGACUCUCAAAACAAGUCUAAAUCGGCUGAAUCAUCAGUGCCAAGUACUCCAACUGACAGCUUAGAAAAGCCUCCUAAGCUAUCUCGGCAAGAUUCUACAAAGAAAAAAGCAAAAUCUGCGGAAACACCUGUUCCUGGAACACCAACCGACAGCAUUGAUCAGAGUCCACAGCUGAGCAGACAAAAUUCAGUGAAAAAGAGCAAAUCUGCGGAAACACCUGCUCCUGGAACACCAACAGAUAGUGUGGAUCAGAGUCCGCAACUGAGCAGGCAAAAUUCAGUGAAAAAGAGCAAAACUGCAGAAACACCUGUUCCUGGAACACCAACCGAUAGCAUUGAUCAGAGUCCGCAACUGAGCAGGCAAAAUUCAGUGAAAAAAACCAAAUCUGUGGAAUCAUCUGUUCCUCAAUCACCGAACGAGCCUGUAGAUAAAUCUCCUUCUCUCAGUCGACAAAACUCUGUGAAAAAGAAGACCAAAUCUGCUGAAUCCUCUUCGCCUCAGACACCAACAGAGGAGACCACAGCUCCACCAGCGCUUACUCGACAAGAUUCUGUGAAGAGAAAAACCAGGCGAACGUCCAGCAAAGAGGGAGAUUCUGUUGACACGAUACCAGAAGAACAAGCUAAACCAAAAGCACAGGAUUCUGUUUCUAAGAAGGUUUCCAUCGACGAAGAAAAUAAAGAAAACGUCCAGUUAAUAGAAAACAAAUCCAAAAGUAAAAUAACAAAGCAAGACUCGCUCACCAAGAAAGAAAUAGAAACAUCGAAACUUCAAGAACCUCUGAAAGAAGUUCCUUCAGUUACAGGUGAGAAUCUUAACCCCAUCCCAACGAUAGUCAUGUCUGAAGAUGCAUCCGGAUUGGACGCGCGAUUUGGAAGUUUUGAAAUUAGUGAAGACAAUGCCACGUUGGCGUGUGAAAGUUUGAAAUCGGAUGAGAGUGUGACUCCCCCUGCAAGUGAAAACGAGAUGGAUAAACCACGCUUUUCGAAGACGCUUCGGGGAGUCACGUGCACGUUGGGGGAGAGUGCUGUGUUAGAAUGCGAAACGGAAGGACAGCCCACCCCCAGUGUCACGUGGCUACGGGACAAUCAGAAGCUGGUUAAGGAUCCUCGUAUCUCAGCGAAGUCGGCCGGACAGCGGCACUCCCUGACCAUCCGGGACGCCACGUCGGAAGACGGAGGACUUUACACGGUGGUCGCCGCCAACGAAAAGGGCAGCACCUCGUGCAGCGCCCCACUUAACCUGAAGUUGCCAUUGCUGGGGCUUCCCAAAGACGACUCACGACCCACAACUCCUGGUGGUACUGUUUUGCCGCAUGCUCCCGUUUUCAAGGUCAAAUUAAACAAAGAAACUCAGCUACUGGAAGGUACGAGCGUACGUUUCGAGCUGGUGGUCAGAGGUAACCCGGAACCUCAAGUCAAAUUCUUCAAAAACGACAAGCCCUUGAAAUUGGAUGAUCGGGUUCGUGUGAGUUACGAAAGCAAGGAAGUGUUUGAACUCAUCCUAGAUCAUGUGGUCGCUAAGGAUGCAGGGACUUAUUCAUGUGUUGCCACCAAUAGAGAAGGAGAAGACAAAACCGUGGGCACACUCAGUGUCGUAAAACAUAAAGAUGUAUUUAAGGGGCUUGAAGAUACUUUGGAAGAAGAAAGGGAGCCUACACCGCGUCCUAAAACGCCAAAAUUUAAAUGGUUCAAAGAUGGACAAUAUUUUGAAGCUAAUGAGAGAUUUCAAGUCAUUUUUAACGAAGAGGAAGACAGUCUUGCAUUGAUGUUUCAACAUGUUACGCCAGAAGAUGCUGGUUUAUAUACUUGCGUUGCGAGCACUAGCUCAGGGAGUAAAAUCGCUUGCAGCGCUGAGCUUACAGUGCAAGGAGUGGUCAGGCAAGUGGAGGCUCCUGGCAUUAAGGCAGAAUUAUCUGAUGUGGAGGCUUCGGAAGGAGGCUCUGCUAUGUUGGAGCUUAAGAUUACUGGUUAUCCCAAGCCCAAAGUAACAUGGUUUCACAAAGACAAGGAAGUCUCUUCUGGUGGUCGCUACAGGUUUCUGUUUGCAGAUGAAGAGAGUUUUACCCUAGUCAUAAAAAAUGUCAAGAAAGAUGACAGUGGGAAAUAUUCCGUGAAAGCCGUCAAUGAGAUGGGAGAAGCUGAGUCUUCCUGUAAUCUAAGUGUGAAAUCUGCCCCAUCUUUUGUAAAAGGCUUAAAAGACAUGUCAGUUAUGGCUGAAGAGAUUAUCAAAUUUGAAGUGCAAAUUGAUGGAAACCCAACUCCAGAAGUGAAAUGGUAUAAAGACGGUCAACAAGUAAUUGCAGGAGAUAGAAUAAAGAUCAGUAGUGACAAGGGGAAACAGAUGCUGCAAGUAUUAAAGUCAAAACCAACAGAUUCUGGUAGUUAUUCAUGUGUUCUUACAAAUAAUCUUGGAAGUCAAGCAGAGUUUAGUAAUGUAGUUGUGAAAGCAUCUCCCACUUUCGUCAAAGGUAUGGAAAAUGUUGAGGGCCUCCAAGGGGAUACUUUGAAGUUCAAUGUAGAAAUUAAUGGAAAUCCAAAGCCUACUCUUAAAUGGUUGAAAGAUGGAAAAGAACUAGCGAUUGAUGGAAAGCAUAUUCAGGUAGUUGAAGAAGGUGCCAAUACUUAUUCACUAGUAAUAAACAAAGCCACCUCAUCUGAUGUAGGCACUUACACUUGUGAACUUAGAAAUGAGCAUGGAUUGAAGGCCAGUUCUGGAGACCUUAAUAUUAAAAUGACCCCUGAAUUCGUCAAGAAACUAACGGAUAUGGAAUGCAUUGAAGGGGAAGUGGCUCCUGUAAUGAACAUUUUGGUGAAAGGGUAUCCUUCACCUACAAUCAAAUGGUUGUUAGAAGAUCAGAAGCUAACAGAAGACAAAAACUACAGCAUAUCAUCAGAAGCAUCCACUGGAUCCUAUACCCUAAAACUUAAAAAAGUGACACAAAAGAUAGCUGGAAAGUAUACUUGUGAAGCCUCUAAUGAAAUGGGAGUUGCUACAACUAGUGGAGUCAUAUCUGUUAAAACCACCACAAAAAAGCCUGAAAUUGAUCAAGUGCUAAAACCAACACAGUUGGUUGAAGGUAAACCUGGAAAAUUAACUGCAAAGGUAUCUGGACAGCCCAAACCUAAAGUUACUUGGUUUAAAGAUGGAAAGCCCAUUACUCCAAAUAGCCAUUAUGUUGUUGAAGAAGAUGAAGAUGGAAAUAUCACAUUAUCUUUCGACAAAGUGACUGCUGCUGAUGCUGGAACGUAUUCCAUUUUAGCUUCCAGUGAUGAAGGAGAAGCCAAAUCAGAGGCCCCUGUUACGACAAUACCAGCUGGAAAGAAACCUGAAUUUGUUCAAGAACUUGAAAAGCAAGAUCUUGUUGAAGGGCAACCUUUGCAGUUAAAAGCGAAAGUGUCCGGAAAACCAACUUCCAUCAAAUGGCAGAAGGAUGGGGAGGACAUAUUGGCAGGUGAUCAUGUACGUCUCAUGGAGGAGCCUGAUGGUUCAAUUGCGCUCUUGAUUGAUAAGGUGAAUAAGAAUGAUGCUGGCAAGUACACUGUUAUUGCCUCUAAUGCUGAGGGCAAAGCUCGUUCUGCAUCUUUAGUUCAAGUACAAGCUGUCAAGAAACCAACAGUAGAAUCUUCUUUGGAACCCUUGACUCUAAAAGAUGGUGAAACUGGAGAGCUAAAAGCUAAAAUAUCAGGAGAACCCAAGCCUACUAUCAAAUGGAUAAAAGAUGAUAAGGAAAUGAAACCAUCUAAUCGUGUGGAGAGCAUUGAAAAGCCAGAUGGAACUGUAGCUUUGGUGAUCAAAAAUUGUCGUCCCGAAGAUGCUGGUACAUACACCAUUGUGGCUGAAAAUUUGAAAGGAGAAGUUAAAAGCACUGCACCUGUUGUCGUCAAUCAGGCUCCUACAUUCCAGAAACAAUUAGGACCUGUGAGUGUUGUGGAAGGGUAUCCAGCCAAAUUGGAGGCCAAGUUAUCUGGCUCACCCCUACCAGAUACUAAAUGGUUAAAAGAUGGUCAAGAAAUCGUACCCGAUGGCUCGCAUACGAGAGAAAUUCGUAAUCCAGAUGGCACGGUGGCUCUUCUUAUUGACAACUGCAAACCAGAAGAUCAAGGGAAAUAUUCUUUAAUUGCUAAGAACCCUCUGGGAGAGGAUAAAAGUAAUGGCCAAUUGAAUGUUUCAGCAAAAGAUUCCGAUGACAUUCCCAAAAAACCCCCAUCUAUUCUGACCCCUCUGGGGAAUGUAUCUGUGAAAGAAGGAGAACCGAUUAGACUAGAAGCCUCCAUUUCUGGAAACCCUCUGCCAGACAUUGCAUGGGAAGUCAACAACAAACCAUUAGAACCUUCUGAUAACACUCUAAUGACUUUUGAUGGAGAGAAGGCCAUUCUGGAAAUUAAAAGAUCUUCUCCUGAGCAUAUGGGUGAUUACAAAUGUAAGGUGUCCAACCCUCUGGGAGAAGCCAGCACUGAAGGUUCUGUAUCUGUGCAAGAGAAAUCAGCCCCACGUUUCAUUCAAAGGCUGAUUGACCAAAAUAGUUUUGUAAACCAACCCAUAAAGCUUACCUGUAAAGUAACAGGAUAUCCUGAACCAGAAGUGGACUGGUACUUUGAAGGAAAAGCAAUAUCUCCGAGUAAUUCCAAGUACAAUAUCAGCAAGCUUGGGGAUACCCACUCCUUGGGCAUUCAUAACUGUCAGACUACAGAUACUGGAGUGUAUGAGUGCAGAGCAAGUAAUUCUGUUGGGGAAGAUCACACUAGAUCAGCAGUAGACAUCAGUGGUAAAGUAGAAAAAGGUGAACCUCCUAUGUUCUUGAAGAAGAUAGGUGACAAUGAGGUGAUGGAAGGAAUGACAGCGAAGUUUACUGCUUGCAUUACUGGUAUUCCAACACCUGAUGUCAGUUGGGUAAAAGAAGGGAAACCUUUGGAACCUUCCCCUCGACACAAAAUGGAUCUGGAAGCUACGGGUAUUUUACGCCUCAUCAUUCGAGAAGUGGAAUCUUGCGACUAUGGGGACUACAGUGUCACCAUCUCUAACAUGCACGGCAGUGCUACCAGUAGUGCGAGACUUAUACCGGACAGUUUAGAUCAAAAGUUCAUUAUGCCAAUGGGAGACCAAUUUGUUGAUUUUGACAAAUUUAAGAAAACAGGUGCUCCAGUUCCAUUGCCUGAUAAGCCAAGAAUCAUCAGAAUGGACGAUACCUCUUUGACUCUAGGAUGGAAGCCAUCUGUACCCAAUUGUCCUCGAGUGCCUGUUACUUACAAUCUGGAGCUCGCCAAGCACCCUGAUGGAGAAUGGACUCCUUACAAAACUGGCCUUAAAGACACGCUAUGUGACGUAAGAGAUUUACGACCUGGACAAGAUUACAAGUUCAGGAUCCGUGUAGAAAACAAGCAUGGAGUGAGCGAUCCCUCACCUUACACAAUUGCCCACCGCAGCAAGAUUUAUGAACCUCCCAAACCUGAAGAUUUUAAACCAAAGGACUAUGAGUUGGAGCAUCCACCUUUGCAGAAAUAUGCUGCCCCACCGAGAUUUGUUCGUAAAGAAGAGGAUUCUAUGUAUGGUGUUCGUGGCUUGCCUGUGACCAUUGAAUUUUGGGUUUAUGGACAUCCUCAACCACAAGUGACCUGGUUUAAAGGAGAUGCUCAAAUUGGGAAAGACAAAUAUGGAUUCCUGCAAGACAGAAAUGGAAAAUUAUGUGUAUUUAUUGAUUGUAUGACUGAUGAGCAUGUGGGUACUUACACCUGUUUGGCAGUCAAUGACGAAGGAGAAGCGACCAUGAAGAUCAAACUUUUAAUUGCAGAGACACCUGUCUUCAUUCAAAAAUUAGAUGAAACCACGGCCAUGUCUCGACGCACAGGACGAAUGCAGUGUCGUGUCACGGGCUUGCCUUAUCCCAAGAUUAAAUGGUUCAGAGACUGGCACCCACUUUAUGAAUCAGAGAGAAUAAAAAUACUGUGGGAAGAACCUGACAAAUGUACUCUCUUUAUUAGCAAUUUAAUUAGCAGAGAUAAUGCUUUAUACUCUUGCACUGCUACAAACAUUGCUGGAACAGCGACCAGCUCUGCUAGCCUUAAUGUUGAAGAUUCAGAAGACAUGUUCGAUAUGAAAACGUACUGUCGUCCAAUCCCGGUGAGACCUCGUACGAAAAUGUUUGAAGAUUUUUACGAUAUUGGUGAUGAACUUGGAAGAGGAACCCAAGGCAUCACAUACCAUGCCGUCAAAAGAGAAACUGGAGAUAGUUAUGCUGCCAAGACGAUGCAUGGAAAAGGGAAGCUGAAAGACUUCAUGAAAGCCGAGAUGGAGAUCAUGAAUCAGCUUUGCCAUCCCAAAUUAGUGCGACUCAGAGACGCUUUUGAAACAAAAGACACCCUUGCACUGAUUACCGACAUUUGUGGUGGUGGUGAGCUUUUAGAAUCCAUUAUAAAAAAAGGUGGAAUUUCUGAAAGGGAAAUUGCUUAUUAUAUCCAUCAGGUCUUAGAAGGACUUGAUUACAUGCACAGCCGCUACAUUGGACAUCUUGGUUUGACGAUUGGAGAUGUCAUGGUGUCUCGUGUGAACAGUUAUGAUAUCAAAUGUGGGGACUUUAGCCUCUCUGCUCGCUUGUUGCCUGGUAAAGAUCACUUCUUGGAAUAUGGCCAUCCUGAGUUUGUUGCACCCGAAUUGGCCAAUAAGCAACCAGCAACGCUCUUCUCCGAUAUGUGGAGUGUUGGUGUCAUGACAUAUCUUUUGCUGAGUGGCAUCUCUCCAUUCUUGGGUGAGAAUGACAGAGAAACUUUGACUCGAGUGCAACAGGGAAAAAUCAACUUUAUUGAAGAUGCCUUUGUUGGAGUAAGUGAUGAUGCAAAAGAUUUCAUGUCAAAGUUGCUUGUCUUUGAUCCGCAAGGUCGUUUAGAUGUCAAAUCAGCACUUAAUCAUAGGUGGUUCAAAAGUUGUUCUGAUAAGCCUUCAGGAUCUGAAACCCAUUUGAAUAACUUGGACCGCUUGAAGGAUUACCAGAAAAAAUGGAAAAAUUGGUAUGCAAAUGCUUCAUGCAAGAGGUAUUUCCGUCGCAGGACGUUAGAAUCAUGCUUCUAUCACCCAAGUCGCAUGAUUUAUCCACCAGGUGAAUCCUACACGCCUCCCAGCAGUCCUGAACCUGAACUGGAUCGAGCACACAUUAAACCCUCUCAGUUUGAUGAUGUCACUUUCAAGCAGAAAAUCAACAGAGAGGAAAUAGAUUUUAGAUCAGAAAGCAACUACCAGUGUGGACCAGACACCUACUUAUUGCAGUUACGGGACACAGAUUUUCCCAGAAGGCUCAGGGAGUACUUACGUGUUGGAGCGUCACUGAGUCCCACUCUUGCUGCCAGUCUGAGAGAUGGACAUUGGGGAGAUAGUACAUUGGUGAUCAGGGAGAGACGAAAGUUUGUAGAUGUGAUGGAUGAAGAAAUUGAUGAUGAACGUAAGGGACUCGUCAACACGAAAGUUCCCCGUAGGCUGUACCAUGAAAUCGGCACACUUGGUUUUGCACAUGAACAAAUGGAGCUUCUCAAGAAGGAAGUGUGGAAAGAGAAGGGAUCUAGGGAGUUAGAAAUUGGCAUGGCACCUUAUUUUCGUGAGAAAAUACGCGGAAUGGCAAUGAAUGAAGGAGAAGAAAUUGUUUUCACAUGCUAUGCAAUAGGAAGCCCAAAACCGGACUAUGCAUGGUUCAGAAAUGAUGGCAUUCUUUUGGAAAGCAAUAGAAUUGUGGUCACCACUCGGAAAGAUGGUCGCUGUGAGCUUCGGAUUAACCCUGCGCGUGCAUAUGAUGUAGGAGUUUACAAGUGUGUAGCAAGGAAUUUGCAUGGUGUGAAUUGCUGCAGAGCUAGGCUGAAACUUGGAAGCAAACCAGGACGCCCUGAGCCACCAGUAUUUAGAGAGUCUUCAGACACAGAAAUUUACAUCACAUGGGCUGUGCCAAGAGACGAGGGCAACUGCACAACUUUGGGCUAUACACUUGAUUACAAAAAAUCUGAUGAAGAAGAGUGGAAGACAAUCUGCAACAAUAUUGAACAUGAGUAUUUCGUUGUCCGAAAUCUUGAACCCGAAUCUUAUUACCAUUUCCGAGUAAAAGCGUACAACAAAUUUGGCUGGGGUGAGCCAAGUUUUUCAACAGAACCUUAUGCAACAAAAGCUGAAGGUGCUCCUAAAAUAAGGACGAGUCCACGUCGAAAAUAUCAGCAAGAAUUCACGGAAAGAACGCCUGAUUAUGAGCUAAAAGAAAUAGAGUUGCCAGAAUUAGAGUACAAUCGAGAAAGCAAUCCAGUCCCUUUGAUAGAAGGGGAAGUUUUAGACUUGUAUAGAAUAGUUUCUGAAAUGGACAGAGGUCGAUUCUCUGUGGUACUGAAUGUAUGGGUCAAAGAAACCAAUGAACGAAGUAUGGCAAAAGUAAUCCAGUCAACAGAUAAAAUAGAUGGGAAACAAGAAUAUGAAAUACUGAAAUCACUAUGCCAUGAGAAAAUUGUCACGUUGUUGUCUGCCAGCUUUUUUGGAAAUAAGACUGUUUUGAUUUUGGAAAAGUUGUCUGGUGUAGAUGUCAUGUCUUAUCUUGCUUUGAGGCAUGAUUAUAAUGAAGAACUCAUAGUCGUUAUCAUCAAACAGGUUCUAGAAGCAAUGCAGUAUCUUCAUUUCAGAGGCAUUUGUUAUCUAGAGUUACAGCCUGACAAUGUAGUCAUGGUCAACCUAAGGGAUACAGACAUCAAACUAGUUGAUUUUGCCUCUGCUCGUUUUGUGCCCAAGACAGGAGCAAAAGUUCAUGUUGAAGGGACACUUGAAUAUUUAGCACCUGAAGUGAUAAAAAAUGAAGAAGUUAGUUGGUUAACAGAUGUUUGGUGUGUAGGAGUGCUUACUUAUAUCCUAUUAAGCGGCGUGUCUCCAUUCCGUGGCAAAGACGAUGAGGAAACGAAAGAGAAUGUUACAUUUGUCCGAUACCAUUUCGACAACUUGCUUCCUGACGUUACUUCCGAAGCCACACGCUUCUUGCUCAACAUUUUCAAGCAACAUCCCAUCAAAAGACUCACAACUGAUGAGUGCCUAGAGCACAAAUGGUUAGCGUCAACCGAAUACAUGAUGAUGAAGAGGGAAAGUGCGAGGUUUUUACCUGACAAAUUGGCUGCAUUUGCAAGAAAAUUCCAUGCAGCAAGAUAUGAUGCUAUGGAUCCCGAAAUGUUAACCUCAUUGGGGAUGUCCUCAUCUAAGACUGAAAUGAAAGUUGAUGAUUUCUUUUGAAGUAACUGACAAUAUGAAACCAUUGACUAUCAUAAGAGUGUACAGUUACAUGUGUAUUGGGCUAAGAAGAAGACAACACUUCAUUAUGCAUAAAAAUUUGAUUUCAAUGUUCAAUAAAUACAUUUUGUACAUAUA